AUGUCCGUCACUUUGAGUCUGGUGACGAUCCAUCGUGCGCUCAUCGUGAGGCGCGCGAUUCAGAUGUCAAGGGCCCGAGAACAGGACGGAAUUCUUCUACGAAACCAAUCGCCAUCGCCAUCGCCCUCGCCGUACACGCCGCCGGAUGCACGUUUUGGCUUCACUCCAGCUAGUGAACGAUUUUCAUACUUUUCAUCCUCGACAAGCCCUUAUCUAAGUCCUAAAGCCCCAAGUCCAAGCUAUCGACCAGUCCCGUCCCACGAAUCCCUUGUGCCGGUAUCGAGACCCAAUACUAGUAAAAGCCCCUCUGGAUGGGUUAUCCUGCAUCUUCUUGGAACGUUCGUUGGCUUGACCGGUCUUAUUGCCGUCAUACGCGCCGACUUUGGAAACAACCGCGAGCUUCGGAAUCUUACAUAUGGCUUCGUAAUCACCACGAUUGUGAUCACUAUCGGAGCAGCCUCGGCGUUCUAUAUGAAGGGUUGGGAUAAAUGGAUGGCGAACGAGCGUGGUGGUCGGCUGUGCUUCAAUACUGGCAUGAAAGCAGGCGGGGCUGCUCUCGGUGCAUUUCUCGCAAGCUUGGGCGUUUUAGGCGCGUUGUACAGCGAUCUUGUUCUGGGUGCGGUGGCACACAAUUGGACGGGUAUGCCGAAUGAGGACAAUGCGCUGCUUUAUUGGUCCUGGUUCAUCUCCAAGAGGAUUCCUCUGUUUGCAUAUUAA